AAUGUAGCAAGAGCAAAAACUCGUGUGUAUGACACUGCCCUAAUUAAAGUAUUGAUCACUAUACGUACAAAGCUACCUAUAUAUAAAUUUGGAAAUAAUAUGUCGAUCCCGUACAGCGGUACGUUAAGAAGAUCUGGAGGAGUAGUUUCUGCUAUAGGGAAACAGCUAAGGGGAGUGAAUUUAAAAGCUGCCAAGAGAAUUACUGUUAAAUUUGAUCCAUUUAGUGAGAAUGUAACUCAUACAAGAAAUUUCCUGCACUACAUAAGUUCACAGAAAAUAGCUCUAACCAAUCCUAACUGCACUUUGAAGACGGAAAUUGUUUGUGACCGGAGUGAGCCUAGUGUCAAUAUAUCUCUAGCUCCUUCUAUUGCAGAAACUGCCAAAGUUAAAGAUAUAACAAUAAAAAGUGGAAAUCUCACUUGUUUAGAAAUUCUACAGUUGUUGAACAAACAUAUCUCAUCAUUAGCACCUGUAGAACAGCCGGCUGCGACAAUCCAAACGAAAACCGAUAAGAAGAAGAUUAAGAAGAAGUAAAUACUUUAGCACAAUGACCAGGUCA